AUCUUUUUUUCUCAACAACAUCAUCACCCUCUGAGACAAAUCCCUCUCUCAGGCCUUUUUUUCUCUCCUGCGCAAUCAAAAAAAAAAAAAAAGCUGAUUGCCUCAACCAGAGGCUAAAACGUCUGAUCAUCAGGCUAGACCAAGGUAGGCCAUCCUUCUGGCCACCAAGAAAAACCAUGUGUCGCAUGGUCGUCUUUGAAGGCCUCUGCACGCGCUGCGGCACGCCCCAGACCUGGACAGACUUGACCCAAGAGCUAUCCUGCCUCGAGGCCAAGAAUAAGGGCUGCUUUGGCCAGUGCUCGCGCGGCAUCCACGUCGAGGAGCACGACUUUGACCAGGAAUGCAACACGUGCGCCGACGAGGACGAGGGCAUCGGCGACCUCGACGAGGCGCUGGCUCCAGCGGGCAACAACUCUUUUCAGCACUCGAUGAGCUCUCACCAGAGCAACCCCGGCAAAAGCAACCCCAGCAAGAGGGGCGCUGCCGAGGAAGCCGGCGAGGCGAGCAAGAAGCAGCGCACCUAAUCAACUGAUGAUGUACGAUCACGAAACUGGCGGUUUUUUAAUCUCUUUGGGAUUGGAUCUUGUUGUUUACUUGCUGGGCAAGUCUUCUAAUGGCGUUGAUUAUUGGUCUGGGAAUGCGUUCUAGCGCAGAAUGGUUGGCUUUUUUUUUACUCCAGUGUUUCUGGAAUGUAACAUUAAACCUUGUCACGACUAUGGGCACAAGGAAAGACUCGAAAUGAGUAUGGAAGGGAAAGAAGAAAGAAA